AUGGGAUCAGGGACUGCAUUUGCAGCCCCAAAUGGGCAGAGGCAGGUCCAGGCCACUGCCUGCCCCAGCGAGGUGUCCCAGGAGGGCUGCUUGCUCUGGGCCAGGAGGUACAUGGAAGUGAGUGGCAACCUGAGAGACUUGUAUGACGACAAGGACGGCUUACGGAAAGAAGAACUCAGUGCCAUUUCAGGGCCAAAUGAAUUUGCAGAAUUCUACAACAGACUGAAACAAAUUAAGGAAUUUCACCGAAAGCACCCAAAUGAGAUCUGUGUUCCGAUGUCAGUGGAGUUUGAGGAACUGUUGAAGGCCAGAGACAACCCGAGUGAAGAAGCUCAAAAUCUGGUGGAGUUCACAGAUGAGGAAGGGUAUGGACGAUACUUAGAUCUGCAUGACUGCUAUCUCAAGUACAUUAAUCUGAAAUCAUCAGAGAAAUUGGAUUAUAUCACUUACUUAUCCACAUUUGACCAACUCUUCGAUAUUCCCAAGGAGAGAAAAAAUGCUGAAUAUAAGAGGUACCUUGAAAUGCUUCUUGAGUACCUACAGGAUUACACAGAUCGAGUGAAACCGUUACUGGACCAGAAUGAACUUUUUGGGAAAAUUCAGACUGAGUUUGAGAAGAAGUGGGAAAAUGGGACAUUCCCUGGCUGGCCGAAAGAGACCAGCAGUGCACUCACUCAUGCUGGAGCCCACCUGGAUCUCUCAGCAUUUUCCUCUUGGGAGGAAUUGGCCUCCCUGGGACUGGACAGGUUAAAAUCGGCUUUACUGGCCCUGGGACUAAAAUGUGGCGGGACUCUGGAAGAGAAAACUAAAGGCAAAUCCCUAGAAGCACUUGAUCCUUCCUUGUUUGCUAAGAAUCCAAAGACAAAAGGAAGCAAAAGGGACACUGAAAGAAAUAAAGAUCUUGCAUUCCUGGAAGCUCAGAUUUAUGAGUAUGUAGAAGUUCUUGGGGAACAGAGACACCUCACUCAUGAGAAUGUGCAGCGUAAGCAAGCACGGACAGGGGAAGAGAGGGAGGAGGAGGAGGAAGAGCAGAUCAGUGAGAGUGAGAGUGAAGAUGAAGAAAAUGAAAUAAUUUAUAAUCCUAAAAAUCUGCCUCUUGGUUGGGAUGGCAAGCCAAUCCCAUACUGGUUAUAUAAAUUACAUGGCUUAAACAUCAACUACAAUUGUGAGAUUUGUGGUAACUACACCUACCGAGGGCCCAAAGCUUUUCAGCGUCACUUUGCAGAGUGGCGACACGCUCACGGGAUGAGAUGCCUGGGCAUUCCCAACACUGCGCACUUCGCCAAUGUCACACAGAUUGAGGAUGCGGUCUCAUUGUGGGCAAAGCUGAAACAACAGAAGGCUUCAGAGAGAUGGCAGCCCGAUACAGAGGAGGAAUACGAGGAUUCCAGCGGGAACGUGGUGAAUAAAAAGACCUAUGAAGACUUGAAACGUCAAGGGCUGCUGUAGCUUUUCCCAAGUGAAGGAUUUCACAUCUGAAAAGCAAGUGGAGAUGUGUCAGCAGCUCUGGCUCUUCUUCAGUUUCUGGAUUUUCUAUGUGCAUGAAGAUAGAUUUCAAGGAUACUUUAUAGAAUCACUUUCUAGUAAGCCCCUUGUGAAAAGCAGACUUGUGACGUUAUUUUAUACUAAAAAAAAGACAACCUUGAAAAAUAAACUGGUUUUAAUUUAGGAAGUGCUGAGAAACUUGUCUCCUUUCAUAUGCUGGAAGGAAGAGAUUUGACUAUGGUAUUUUUAAAAUGCUUUUUACAUGUUUUGAAUUGUCAGAAACAAUUGCUUCUCUCUUAUUCCUGUUCUGAUGGAAAUUUUUAUGAUGAGGAUUGCCUUUCUGUAAAGCACACAUGAACAUUGCAUGCUGACAACGAGUAAUGGUCCUAUACUAUAUCUUGCUGUAAGCAUAUGGUUUUCUUUGGGCUCCUUUGCAAAACAAAUGUAUUUGGCUUUCGUUGCUGCUUUUAUCUCAGGCCUGCCUCCCUGUGGAGGUUUGGCCACUGGGAUUUUUUCAGAGAAUUAAUAAUAGAGCUUGAUUUAGGUUGUGCUGUG